AUGGCGGUGAUUGAUGGCCUCCCAGAGAUCAAGGUCUCCAUCCGAAUCAACGGAUUCGAGGAAGACUGCAUCGAGUACGACGAUCCAGAUCCUCCGAAAUCCACGUCAUAUCGGGGCUCGGCAACUCAUACCACUUCCAAAGUCAUCGAAAGUCAGGUCGAUGCCAGAUUUUCUAUCCACUUUGAGAUUCGGAACCGUCCGAAUUGGAUCAAUGACAAGAACUGGCUCGCGUUGAAGCUUCACAUUGACGGUCAAAACGUGUCCACAUAUUACCUCGGACCUGAUAAUCUGGUCAAUCAAAUCAUCGUCUCAACCAUCAGCGGGUUUUGGGACAGAUCCAGCAAACCUGGCAAGGAGAUUAGAAGGCACUUCAACUUCGCUUCCAUCAAAACAGUCGAAGGGAGCAACGAACAGCUAUCAGGAGAUGAAACCAUUGCGGAACAUCUCGGCAUCAUCGAAGUGACGGUGUUCCGUGUCGAGCUUGAAGGCCACAAACCCAGAACCCCGGCACAAUCGAGGACAGAGAGCAUAAGGAAUGUCUCUGAAAUUGCAAUCAAAGGCAAAAACAUAUCACACAGUACAUCCUUCACUGAAGGAAUCGAGGUUGAUCCAAGGAAGACAAUGAGAAUCUUCAAGCACAGGGACAAAUCCCAGAGAAUCGCCCGAUUCUUUUUUCGAUACAAGCCUAAGGCUUCUCUUCAAAUCGACGGCAUCAUUCCUCGAGAUUCUUCUCCGGUCCCCUCUCCUGAUCCCUCUCCUGCACACCCGCCCCAGACCGUGGCAAACUUGCCGCUAGCUGAUAUUAUGAGGCUUGCCCAAGAGCGUUUGGAGCAGCUGGAACCUCAAGUCAAGAGAGAGCCUGGAACCGGCGUGAAGCGGGAAGCAGACGAGGAGACCGACUCCCGUCCGUGCAAGAUCUACAAGAUAGACGCAGAUGGAACGAUUGAUCUCAGCGAUGAUUGA